CAUUGGCUUAUGUCCGUCAGCUAUUUGUCAAACAAAAACAUCUCGAUAAUACGAAAAAAAUAACUAGUUACAAUGAUAAAAUGGAGAUAUUAUUGAGAUUUGUGCCAACAAAUCCAUUAAGAUUAACCGUUUCUAGAAUUUUAGUUAACCAAGUAGCUCAUUACACUAGAUUGGCUGAAGUCGGAAAACUCGAAGCUCCGAAGACUUCUGGAAAAUAUGACACUGGGCAGUUAAUUCUACAUAAAGUUUUCGGGUAUAGAGGAGUGAUUCUGUUCCCUUGGCUUGCGAGAGUGUAUGAUAGAGAUGCAUCCAAUAAGAAGGAGAAUCCUGAGACAUCAGGCUCAGGAGAAGCCUCCGGGGAUACGCUUUCUAACGUAGGCAAAGAGGUCAAGGGCAGGACUCACACCUUUUACCAGGUGCUGAUAGAUACAAGGGAUGCACCAUACAUAGCUGUGCAAACAACCUACGACAUGAGACCUGAGUGGAAAAAAAAGCGCGCUCAAACAGAGGCAGUGACGUUCCUAGGCAACCAAGAGUCAUCUCGCAGCCUAUACGCCAUCCCGGGGCUGGACUACGUGGCGCACGAUGACAUCAUGCCCUACUCAUCCGUGGAGCGCGUGCCGCUGCAGCACGAGCUGUUCGAUAAGUUCCUCAUGCACAACCCGGACAAGGACCCACCCUUCAUAGCGCAAGAGACGCUCCGCGCGUGGCAGAAGAAGAACCACCCCUGGCUCGAGCUCAGCGACGUCCACCGCGAGACCACAGAGGGCGUGCGUGUCACCGUCAUACCCUUCUACAUGGGCAGCCGCGAGAGCCAGAAUUGCGCUGUCUACUGGUGGCGGUACUGUAUCCGACUAGAAAACCUCGGCGCUGCGGCAGUCCAACUGCGCGAGCGGCACUGGCGGAUCUUCUCCCUCUCCGGCACCCUCGAGACAGUGCGCGGCCGCGGCGUGGUCGGCCAGGAGCCCGUGCUGGCCAGGCACUCGCCCGCCUUCCAGUACUCCAGCCACGUCAGCCUGCAGGCGCCAUCGGGUCACAUGUGGGGAACGUUUCGCAUGGAGCGCGAGGACGGCUACACGUUCGACUGCCGCAUCCCGCCAUUCUCGCUCGAGAGCAAACCUGACGACGCGCCUGCGCCGCCCGCGCCCUCCGCGUGACGUCACACGCCUAUUUAGUUGGCGACGAGGAAACUCACGAGGCGGUUUUUAGUUGGCGACGAGGGAAGCAGAACUAAAUGUUAUUUAAUUUUAUUAACUAAUAUUGUUUUGAUCACACUAGUCGCAUCGAAAUCAAAUUGACUAAAAUAACAAAUACUAUUCACCCUAGACGAUAUAAUUUUUGGCCACACUUAACACCUAAAUUUAAGCGUUAAUAAAAGUAGGUAUGUUUUAUUCACUUAAGUUUCUUUGUGCAAUUGAAAUUGUAGCUUGAGAUUAAGUUACUUAUACAAUAAAUACUCUGUGAUAGCAUGCUUCAUUAUCAUUUGAAAAGUUUGCCUAUAUGACAAUGUAAAAUCUGAAAAGAAUAUACCAAUUGUUUAGACUUCUGCUUCCUAAAUUGCGAUCUAAAUGGUUAAGGAACAAUAAAAACAUCGUGAGGCCAUACUAUCACCAUUUUAGAAUUGUGACUUGUAAACUAGAGAAACUGAAAAACGAACUUCAAAACGUCUAUAAAAUUCACCUAAAAAAAAACUAAACCUUGAAAAACUAUUCAGUUCAAGUUCCAGAAAGAUUAAAUUUUUAUUUCGACAUAGAAAAGCAACGAAUACCAUAAAGAUAAAGAAGUCAUACAUUAGCUAAUCUAUCUGCCUCUGUCCCACCGCCGACGAUUAGCAAGUGACAAUAAGCUGAAUGUUUUCUUUUGGAAAAAAGUUCCGUACAUAUUUUCCUCCAUAUGUACAGUCGGCAUAGAUAGUUAUCCUGACUACGUUUUCUGUGCAAGAAAACAGUAAAUAGCUUUUCCCCGCCGGUAGGACCGGUACCUCAAUGAUGGAGAUUUUUUUAUUAAGAUACCUCAUACAUAUAAGCAGAUAAUCUAAUGAGAUAAUUCUAUUUUGAGUUUCGCUUUUCAGUGUUUACUCAACGUCAAAACCCGUUAUUUUAUGGACAUAACUAAUUUUAACUGUUAUCGUAUCGACGACGUUAACAUUGUAGCCAAUUCUUUAGGAAAAGUAGCACGUCGCUGUCCGAAAUAGUUGUAUUUAUAUUGUAAUUUAAUUAUAGUAUUUAUGAACCUAUUCAUUGCAUCCGUUGUUUGUUCCACUUGAAAUUCAUUAGUCAUUUCUUUUAAAUAAAUGCAUAGAUCUUUAUUAAAAUUACAGUAUUGUGAA